ACGGAGCGUUGGGUCCUUUUCAGUGCUGCUGCUUCUACUACUCUCUCUCUCUCUCUCUCUCUCUCCCCUCACACACAAGCAGAUUGAAGAAGAUGUCAGGAAGAAGAAGAGUUUCUGAUUCUUCCAUUAUUGGACGAAGAAUAAUUGCUGAUCAUAAUUGUCAAAAAGGUACAAUAUUUCCCUCAUUCUUAUUUCAUCUGUUUCGUUCUCACUCUAACACCUCCACAAGCCCUACUUCUCCUCCUCCUCCUCUUCCUGCUGCUGUUGCUGUAAUACCCAAACAACGAUGCAAUUCGGGUCCCAAUGAUCUUCAAUCUGCUUUAAUUUCGUUCAAUCGUAUGCUCCAAAUGCGACCUUUGCCCCCCAUUUCUCAAUUCAACAAAGCUUUAGGGCCUAUUACCAAAAUGGGUCAUUACGCCAUCUCUCUUUCUCUUAUUCUCAACAAGUUGCAACAGUGCCAAGGCAUUCAGGUCGAUCUCUACACCUUCAACAUUGCUAUUAACUGUUAUUGCCGCCUUAAUCAAGUCCAUUUCGGCUUCUCUCUGUUAGGUUCCCUCUUCAAACGCGGUUUUACACCUGAUGCAACUACCUUCAACACUCUGAUUAAUGGACUUAUUUUGGAAGAUAAAACCCCUGAAGCUGUAGAGUUAUUUAAGAAAUUAAUCACAACUAGAGAAAUUGAACCCGACUUGGUUAUGUAUGGAACCGUUGUUAAUGGGCUCUGCAGAACCGGGAACACUAUCAGGGCUGUUAGUUUGCUUAGGAUUAUGGAAGAGGGAAGAUGUAAACCUAGCAUCGUAGUGUAUAACACAAUCAUUGACAGUCUUUGCAAGGAUAGAAUGAUGGACGAUGCUGUGAAACUCUUUACAGAAAUGGAUGAAAAGGAUAUUUUCCCAGAUGUUGUCACUUACAACUCUUUGAUUCAUGGCCUAUGUAAUUUUGGCCGGUGGGAGGAGGCUACAGAAAUGUUAAGAGAAAUGUUGGAUAGUGGUAUUGCUCCAAAUGUUCGUACAUUUAAUGUGUUGGUGGCUGCAUGUACCAAGGAAGGGAUGAUGAACGAGGCAGAGGGGGUACUUGAAGUCAUGAUACAAAGAGGUGUGGAUCCUGAUGUAGUCACAUACAAUACUCUAAUGGAUGGAUAUUGUUUGCAACGCCACAUGGAUGAAGCAAUCAGACUGUUCAAUACCAUAGUGGAUAGGGGCCUCCACCCUGAUGUUGUUAGCUAUAACAUUCUAAUCAACGGAUAUUGCAAGAAGAUGAAAAUAGACGAGGCCAUGCAUAUCUUUCGAGAAAUGCCUCGAAGGGGGUUGAAACCCAACAUUGGAACUUUCAACACUAUGUUACAAGGUUUGUUUCGAUCGAGUAGAUGUGGAGCUGCUCAGGAACUUUUUAAUGAGAUGCAAGUUGUAGGCAUAAUUCCAAAUUCUCAAACUUAUGAUAUCUUAUUGGAUGGGUUGUGCAAAAAUGGGCAUAUUUCUAAAGCAUUGUCAUUAUUCCACAUGAUGGAAAGGAACGGUUUAGAUCUUGAUGUUGUUAUGUACAGUAUUCUCAUUAAUACAUUCUGCAAGGAUAAAAAGCUUGAUACUGCAAGGGCCCUUUUCAAUAACCUUUCUUCCAAGGGAUUACAUCCUGAUGUUAAGACUUACACUAUGAUGAUACACGGUCUUUGUAAAGAAGGCCUACUACACGAAGCUAAAGAGUUGUUUGUUAAAAUGGAACAUAGUGGUUGCUUGGCAGAUGAUGUCACUUACAACACUAUUAUCCGAGGAUUUAUUAGACAACACAAGUGCUAUGAGGCAUUAAUACUCACUGAGGAAAUGGUUCAAAGGGGUUUUUCAGCAGAUGCAUCCACUUUUCCCUUGAUCGUAGAUAUACUCUCAACUAAAGGACAAGAUCCUGCUCUCCAAGAAGUGAUACAGAAGUUCAUGCCCAAAGAUAGUCAUGGAAUGCAAGAGAAUGAGUAAAUUUCUUAAGUUGUAAAGUACAUUGGUGGUGUUUGGCAACCCAGUUUUGGUGCAUAUUUUAGUCCCAACGGAAAAAAUUUCAAAAAUCCGGCACUGUAGCUGAGUGAAGGGAGUGUCCAGCUGUAUCGCAUUAUGUACGGUAAAAAGACAGUUUUGCCCUCCGAACCUGCGUCAUCUGGCAAGAGACACACGCACGUCUCUUCUCUCUCAUAUCUCACAUGCUCUCUACCCUCUACCUGGACGAUUUCACAGCAGAGGUGAGUAGCUAGCUCCGAUGCAUGCAUUCUGGCGGAACCGACGGUGAACACCAACAAGCCGAUCGUCGAGGAUUCUUAAAGUAAUAUGGCUUCCUCUUUUUCCAUUGCCACGUCAACAUGGCCACAACGCAUGUGUGCUUGUGGCUAUGGCCACUGUUUUGUGAAGGUAUCCAGAUCUCACAAAAAUCCUGGUCGUGCAUAUUAUGUUUGCCCCCACCCCGUGGUGAGUUGUAACAAAUGAUUAUUUGUCACUCCAGUUAUAUGCACACUGUAAAUCCCAUAUCUAAUAAAUGUUUAACGUGUCUUACUCAUCAGCAAUGUGUUAAUUGGGUUGGUUGGUGUGACAAAUCAGGGACACGAAUCCCCACCAUGACUCUGGGUCAAUCGAUGUAAUGCAGUUACGGGCUGAUGUCGUGAACAUUUUCAAUACUUUGUAUGUAAUGAAAACGGUGAUUUGUAUGUUGUGCAUCAUGGUCAUCAUCUUAUUAUUGCGAAUGUAGCAACCCUGUAAACCAUUUCGUAACUGUACACAGUAGUUAGUGUUUUGGAAAAGUUACUUUCUGAACAAGUAAAUGCUUUCUCAUCGUUUGUAUGUAGCAACUAUGCAAUUAGUAAUUAUCGUACUACUUUUGGAUAAAGCAUGUGGAAGUUGUCUGUUACAUAUUGUUCAUAGUUUAUUGUCUGAAAUGUAUUGAUCAACUGCGUUCUAAUGUAUACAAUACGUCCAGUCACAUUACUGUAAUGGCUGCAACACGGUCGUCCCCUUGCACCCCGUCUAAGAAUAAAGGGGUUGGCCCAUCAGGUACCGAAGGCAUUGUUGAUGGCUUAGAUCAUGCACAUAAGGCGAACUGGGACAGUGCAGCUAUAGAAAUAUUCCUACAGUGCGUUCAAGACGCAAUAUUAGCGGGCCGUCGGGUGGGUACAACGAUAACCAAAACAGGGUACAAUGAAAUUGCACUGAAAUUCACUAAGCGCACAGGUAAACGUCAUAACAUUACACAGCUUAAGAACAAGUACGGCAGUUUGAAAAAGGAAUGGCAGGCGUGGAACAAGUUGAUGGAUAGCAGUAAGGGUGUGACUGGCAUUGGGUUUAACAGGGACACCGGGUUGUUCACGGCGUCAGAAGAGUGGGGGGACAAUCUUAAAUCGACAAACAAGAUCGCUUACAAAUUCAAGACGAAGCUAUUGGAGCAUAAAGAUUUGAUGCGCGCGGUAUUCACGGGUGCAACUGCGACUGGCAAACACCAUUGGACGCCGGGGGAGAAGCCUGUGGAUGUUGGCGAAGGUGAAUCCGACUCAGUGGAGUCUCCUGGGUUGGCACCAUUUACGGAACCAUACAGACCGAUCGUUAACUCACCUCCAAAUUCCCCUACCAUCGACCUUGAAGAAGUAGAACCCGGGACAAAAAGGAAAAAAGGAUGUAGCAGUAGUGGAAAGUCGAAAAAGGUCUCUAGUGGAGCAUCGGUGCUUGCGGAUAGUUUUAACCAUCUGUCUAAGGCGGUUGAAGCACAGAAGCACCUGACGGUCAGGCACGGAACUGGUGCAUUGCAAAAGUAUAGCAUUGAGCCAUGUAUGCAACGGCUUAUGGCUAUCUCGGACUUCAUCAGUACCCCCCUGUUCCAUUUCGCAUGCACGGCGUUAGAGAAUGCAGAUUACCGUGAAAUAUUGAUGUGCAUGCCAGAUGAUGAGAAUGUAGUCGAUUGGCUUGCACAAUUGCAGGUUUCGAAAGGCCUGUGAGUACUUGUGUUUGGUCGUUCACGAAAAAAAGGGACCUAUUUGGUUUUGAUGUAGUGUGGUUUUUGUGGACUACUUGUAUGGGUCAUUUGUCGUAGUUGUUUUGUUUUUUUUGUGUGGUACUACAUCGUUGUACUUACUAUUAUUUUACUUUUGUGCACGCUACAUACUUUUGUCUACUGCAGUAUGGGAUCAUGGUGUAACCUCUACUUUUUGGGCAUAGUACAGUUUGAUGGUUUAAUGUAAUGUCACACACUAGUUGAUGUGUUCCACUUUAAUGGUUGAAAUUUAAUGGUCC